UCUGAACCGCGGGGCGCGGAGGUCAGCGCAGGGGCGCAGAAGCGCACCGGGCUGCCGAGGAGCUGGGCGCAGCUUGCUAAGCCGCGAUUGCCCCCCGAAGCCCAGCAAAGCGCCCCGAAACUGGAGCCCUUACAAUCCUCCGGGGGCUCCCCGCGCCCUUGCCCGGCCGGGACCCCCGACUCCCCCAAAGCGAAAAAAGGCGGGCAAGGAGAGGCCGGCGCGCCGGGUCUCCAAAGGCGCACUUUGGAGAGCCUCUCCAAGCGCUGCGCCCCGCACUUGGCUAGCUCGGGCGAGGGGCGCUCCGGGGAGGCGGCCACGGAGGAGGAGGAGAGAGCGGCUUCGAGCGCCCCGAAGCCCCCGUACUCCUACGUGGUCCUGAUUGCCAUGGCCAUCGAGGCCAGCCCGGCCCGGCGCCUGCCUUUGCGCGCUAUCUACCAGUACAUCGCCGGCCGCUUUCCCUACUACCGGCUCGGCCAACGCGGCUGGCAGAACAGCGUGCGCCACAACCUGAGCCUGCACGAGUGCUUCGUCAAGGUGCCCCGCGUGGGCGCCCCGCGCAAGGGCAGCGACUGGACGCUGGAUCCGGCUUUCCGAGGCAUGUUCGAGCCGGGCAAGUACCGGCGGCGGAGACGCGGCCGGAGACCCCAGCGGCAGCCCCGGGCCGCUCCUCCACCUUCCCCGCCUCGCGUGGAAGCCCCGGAGCCGCUCGUCCAGCGUUCCUGCGCCCCGGCUGGAUGCCUCUGGGCUCCCGCGGCGGUGGGGCAGCCCCCCUCGCACCCGAUCGGCCACCGCCCGCCGGGACUCGUCCCCCUGGGCGGCUACGAGCCCUGUCCCCUCUUCUGGCUGCCCGGCGGGGUGGCUCCCCCGCAGCCGCUCCUCCUGCACCCCUCCUGCGCUCCAGGCCCGGCUCUCUCCGACCUGCCUUUCUUCCCUUAUUGGAGCUGGCAGGAGUCGAGCUAUUCCCUGCUGGAGCUGAAAUGAAGACUCCCUGCAAAGAAAAAGGAGAAGGAAGAGAGAGAGGAAUUAGAAGCUGGAUGCUUGCGUCUCAAGGUCCUAGUCCUGUGUGAGGACAGCUCCCCAGGGCUUCUGAUUUUUCGAGUUUUCUUUCCAAGGGGGCCAGCUGCCUUCUCUCUUUCUGACUCCUUUAAGGACAAAGGGUUUUCAAUCCAAAGGGCUUCUCCUCUUGAGAUCCAGGCGGCCAACUUAUGGACUUCAGCUCUGCUCCGGUGCUCUCUACCCACAGCUUCAACGUGAUCGCAAUUAGGCGGCGCUGGGUUCAAAUUCCCAUUCUGCUGAAGUUCCUCUGCGAAGCCCAGCUUCUUUUAAAGCUGGUUUUAGAAAGAGAGAGAUCUGCACUCUGAGUUUGUUUCUUCACAGUGGCAGCUAAGUUGGUAAACUACAACUCCCAACGUGCCAGGGUGUGAGUCAAGUUCCUUGUGCAGCCCUGAUUGUAGAUCAGCAGUACUGGGGGGAGGGCAGGAUGCAGAUGGAGACACCCCAAUAGGCCAAUGCAGCCAAUUGUUUGCAAGACACACACACACACACACACACAAAGUCACCAGGUUUGGAAUGAGGAAUUUCACCACUGAUACAAAUUCUGGCAUCCGUAGAGGGCAAAGUUUUAUAACUCCUGUGAGAUUUUUUUUUGUGUGUGUUUGUGAAUGUUGCUUUUAAGUUGGGGAAGUCCUUAUUUAUUUAUUUUAAUUUAGAAGCAUUUGAAUUAUUCGUAUAGGAAGAAGUCAAUGACCCUCGCCUGAUGCACGCAAAGAAUUUCUGGCGCGGUUUUGUAAAGUUAUUGCCUGCAGGAUUAUUACAACUCAGCAAAUGCUGGUUAAAAAAAAUGAUAAUCCAUUUUUUGAAAAAUGUCUAGUGUGAAUUGUAGCGAAACAAAAUCCAGAGAAACUGGGGAGGCGUCCAGCUCUGAAAAGCCAAACUGAAGGAAAUGAACUGUAGCCCGUUAGCAGCUUCCGUUAUUUUUUUUUUCAUUUAAAGUUAUUUAAAUGGGAAAAAAAGUUGUAGUUCCCCCCCCCCAUGUGUAGGAACCAGGAAGGCUUAAAGCUUUAACACCCCCUCGACUUGUUCUCUAAAACAUAUUAACUAAUUGUGUUUAGAAAAAGGAAGUGUAACACAGCAUUCAUUAUAUUCCAUCAAAUCCCUGGUUUGAAAGUUUAUUUAAAUCUUAGUUCAAAAAAGGAUUUGCCAGAAGAAGUUUCUGUUGUGGAUUGGGUGGAAAAUGUUUAUGGCUGCCAUAUUUUGAUUUUUUUUCCAGGUUUGUGAUGUGUAAUGGCGCAGUUUUUGUUCUUUUUGUUGUUUGUGGGAUAAACAUAGUUCAACAGUUCACAGCUUUCUGUUUAUAGAAGUGUUUGACAGUUGCAAUACGAGAAGUGAAAAAAACAAAUUUUGACAGAUCUGGGAAACUGAAAAACUGGGCAGGGGAAAGGGUGGGGGUUUUUUUUGAAGAGAAGCUGAAUUUUCCCGCUUCUGAAUGAAGAUCAAAGAUAAGAAUAAAAAUUCAGACUUUCGCGGAUAAAGUUUCACGCCAUCUUGUAACACUGCUAAUUUUUUUAUAAUUCCUCUCUUUAAAUUUCUAGCAAAUUAGUAAACCGCAGCGUGAAAAAAAAAUUAUGCAUUUAGUAUUUGUUACCUCCAUUGGGACCAUCGUUAUUUUAAUAUUUUUAAUACUGCAAGGGCAAUACGGAGCCUUUUAAUAUGUAAUGAAAAGAAUGUAUUUUUUGCUCUCUGGAGUUUUAUACAAGUGUAUGAAAAUAGGACUGGCGAGUUGAAAAAAAGGAACAUAUAACCUGUUAUUCAGUUUCUUGUGAGUUAAAAUUAUAUUUCAAAUGUUGCUGCUGUUUGUUAAAAA